AUGAAGGGGCUGGUGCUGGCGCUGCUGGUCGUCCUGGCAGGCGGGCAGAAGCGGGACCUCGAGCCCGUCUUCCGUGCUGGCCAGACCUACCACUACAGCUACGAGGGCCUGGUGCUGCAGGGGCUGCGGGGCGGCGGGGCGGCGGUGGCCGGCGUGCGGCUCCGCUGCCGGCUGGAGGUCGGGCGCCUGGCCCGCGCCGACCACGCGCUCAGGAUUCAAUCACCAAAGCUGGAAGAAUACAAUGGAUUCUGGCCCAGGGACCCAUUCACCCCAGCUUCAAAGCUCACAGAGACCAUUGCUUCAUGUUUCACCCAAGCCUUUAAGUUUGAAUAUAGUGAGGGAAGGGUUGGAAGUAUUUAUGCCCCUGAAGGCUGUCCCAUCAUGUGUAUUAACAUAGUGAGAGGAAUUCUGAACAUGAUGCAGAUAACCAUCAAAAAGUCACAAAAUGUGUAUGAAUCACAAGAGGCUGGGAUUGAAGGCAUCUGCCAAACCAGAUAUGUUAUCCAGGAUGACAGCAAGAAUAAUCGUGCCACCGUAUCCAAAAGUAAGGAUCUAACUGACUGCCAGGAUAAAGCAGUGAAGAACAUAGGAAUGGCUUACAUCCGCCCUUGUCCUACCUGCCCCUUGAAAGUCAGAAAUAUUAGAAGUACAGUGAUGUUCACUUACAAGAUGAAGUAUGAUGACAGCGGGGCCUUGAUGACAUCUGCUGUGUCUGAACAAAUGUAUCAGAUUGCUCCGUUCAAUGAACCUGAUGGUGUUGCUGUCAUGGAAGCAAGACAAGAAUUGGCUUUGGUUGACAUUAAAAGCACUCCCAUAAGUCCACCAGAAGCUCAACUGCACAACCAUGGGAAUCUCCAUUACCAUUUCUCUGGAGAACUAGUCCAGAUGCCAAUCCAUCUAAUAAAGAUAAAAAACCCAGAAUUGCAGUUAACAGAAAUACUGCGACAAUUAGUUCAAUAUAAUGAAGAAGGAUCCAGUAAAGAAGCUUCAACCAAAUUCUUACAGAUGAUCCAGCUUUUUCGCCUAGUGACCCUUGAUCAAAUUGAGUCUUUGUGGGCUCAGUUUGCAAAUGAACCUCCUUACAGGCACUGGUUUCUGAGUGCAAUCUGUGCUGCUGGAGCUACUGACACAUUCAAAUUCCUUAAACAAAAAAUUCAUCAUGAGAAGCUGAACAUCUGGGAAGCAGCUGUGACUCUCCCGCUUGCCUUCCAUUUCGUUACACCCAACGAGCAAACCCUAGAAAUCGCAUCAACUUUUCUGACAUGUCCCCAAAUCCAGAAAGCACCAAUGCUUCGAAUACUUGUUUACCUGGGGUAUGGCUGCAUGGUAAAUAAAUACAGUGCUCAGGCUUCAUUUUUGCCUAAUGAACUUCUUCAGCCGCUCCAUGACCUUGCUACUGAAGCUGCCAGCAAGGGCCAUGCUGAAGAUAUGGCCUUGGCUCUGAAAGCCAUAGGCAAUGCAGGAGAGCCAGCCAGUAUCAAACGCAUCCUGAAGUUUUUGCCAACAUUUUCGCCUGCUGCAGCUGCAUUCCCAAACAGAAUUCAUGCUGAUGCUGUGUUGGCCUUGAGAAAAAUUGCCAGAAAAGACCCUGCAAAAGUAAGAGAAAGCUUGCUCCAGAUCUUUAUGGACAAUUCACUUGCUCCUAAUGUCCGAAUGGUGGCUUGUGUUGUCCUCUUAGAAACUAAGCCUGCUCUUCCAACUGUAACAGCUAUGGCCAGCUCACUACUAAAGGAGACCAGCUUACAGGUAGCCAGUUUCACAUACUCACACAUGAAGGCUUUGGCAGUAGGCAGGAUCCCACAGCUCUAUAAUCUAUCUGCUGCUUGCAACAUUGCCAUUAAGCUACUAAGCCCCAGACUUGACAGGCUGAGCUAUCGUUACAGCAAGGUCAUUCAUGUCGGCGGUUAUUCCAGUCAAUAUGAGGCAGGUGCAAUUUGGAGGGUCUAUCUAAUGAACAGUCCUGGCACUGUGUUUCCAUCUGAUAUAAUCACAAAAGUAAGAGGAUAUUAUGCAAAUACUGCAACGGAUAUUGUUGAGGUGGCUCUCCGAUCACAAAGCCUAACCAAUAUUAUUAGGAAACAUAAUAUUCCCUUUACUGAAUAUGAUACAUACAAGACACUGAAAGAACUUGGUAAAACGCUUCUGGGGUGGAAAGAAUUGCCUCCUGAAGACCCUCUGGUAUCUGCUUAUGUGAAAAUACUUGGCCAGGAGAUUGCCUUUGUUGACAUUGGUAAAGAUGUUAUUCAGCAGGCUGUGACGAGCCUAACCGAAUCAUCAAACUGGCAGCCAGUGGUAACAAAAGUGAUGGAUGAGGCCCGACGAGGAGUUUCCGGACGAUGGAUCCUCCCAGGGAUGGUGGCUGAGCUGCGGCACAUCAUCCCCACAGCCGUGGGCCUACCUCUGGAGUUCAGCCUGUGCGGUGUCACCCUGGCCCAGACUGCGGCCACUGUUGAUACGCAGAUGUCACCACCAUUAUCUGGCAAUUUUAGACCUUCCCAGUUGCUGGAAGCCAACAUGGAGGUUCAUGCUGAUAUCAAGCCAAAAGUAUAUUUUCAUGUGAUUGCAAUGAUGGGGAUUAAUACACAAUAUUUUCAGAAUGGUCUUGAAUUUCAUGCAGAGUUCAGUGCCAACACUACAAUGAAAUUUGAUGCCAGGAUAAACUUGAAAGAGAAAAGUUUUAAGCUGGAAACCACUCCCUGCCAUCAGGAGGUUGAGCUAGCAGCUGCAAGGAGCGAAGUUUAUGCUAUUUCAAGAAAUGUAGAAGCAGCAGAUUCAGAAAAGAGAACCCAUAUUCUCCCUAAAGGAGAAGUACCAAGUAUCCCUGAGCAGAGGUUUCAGUCAUCAGAAAUAUCUGCGACAGACAGAUGUGAGAAGCAAAGAAAUAUUCCUAGUGUGAUAUCAAAGGGAUACCAGCAAGGUUCAGAAGAGGAACAUCACCGCAGUGUAGGAGGAAGAUUUUAUGCACGCACUUUCUGUAGCAAAUUAGCUAGUUUGGGAUGCUAUGCUUGUCUCAGCCUAAAAUCACGAGAUUCUGCUUUCUUAAGAAAUACGUACCUGCACAAAUUAGUUGGAGAACAUGAAGCCAAAAUAGUUUUGAAACCAGUUCAUACAGAUGCUGAUAUUGACAAAAUACAGCUGGAGAUUCAGGCAGGAUCCACAGCAGCUUCCAAAAUAAUUGACGUGGUAAGCUCAGGGUCUAAGGAAGAGGAUGCAUCAUCUCCAUAUGAGGACAUUCAAGCUAAACUAAAGAAGAUUCUAGGCAUUGAAAAAGUGUUCAAGGUCGCAAAUAAAACACGGCACCAUAAGAAACGGGUUCAUAGUAAAGACAAGACUGAAGUUACACAUCUCUGGAUAGAGCCCAGUGCAGCCCCCUUCUCCAGUUCAUCCUCUUCUUCCACUGCUUCCUCUGUUGAUGGUAAAGAGCCCAGAAAUGAACAGGAGAAAAAUGCAGCAAGACAAUCUGGAAGGAAACAUGGCAGCAGGAGCAGCAGCAAGGGCAAUGAUAGCAGCAGGAGCACCUCUGGCUCUGCUAGCACUAAAAUCUGCAGCAGCAGCAGCAGCAGCAGCAGCAGCAGCCGCAGCGGAGAGGAUCAUUCUGCAGAUAAGCACUGCAGCAGGGACAGUGCAUAUUCCAACCUACAGGCAAAUCUAGCUAUUUACCAGUUUUGGUUCAAGCCAACUGACGAACAGGAUCCAGAAAGGAAAGUCCUAAACAGCAGCAGCAGCUCCUCUUCUUCUUCAGCUAGUGAUGAAGGCAUCUCUAGAGCCAUAUCUCAGCCUAAAUUCUUGGGAGACAUUAAACCACCAACACUGGCUGUAGUUCUUCGUGCCAUCCAAAAAGAUGAGCACCAGGCAGGAUUCCAGCUUGUGCUAUACACUGAUAUACAGCCCAUGAGAUCUAGGAUACAGAUGUUUGUUUCAAGCAUCGCAGGAUCAAGCAGAUGGAAACUCUGUGCUGAUGCUUCAGUAAUAAAUUCCCAAAAAGCAUUGGGGUCUCUGAAAUGGGGUCAAGAUUGCCGGGAGUACAAGAUUGCUACUAAGAUUGCAACAGGGCAAUUUGCUUCUCAUCCAGCUGUGCAGAUGAAGCUAAAGUGGCCAAAAGUACCUUCACGAAUCCGAAGAGCUGCAAGAUGGUUCUACACAUUUGUUCCAGGAGCUGCAUAUAUGCUUGGGUACUCCCAAAGGCAACAGCGCAGUCCUUCUCGACAGGCAACUAUGGUUAUAGCUCUGACGUCUCCAAGAACCUGUGAUGUGGUUCUCAAGCUACCUGAUCUCACAAUAUAUGACAGAGCCAUAAGGCUUCCCCUGCCAUUCCCUUCAAGUCCAAGUACACUAGCUUCAACACUACCAUCCUCUGACUGGAACUUCAUUUCCCAAGCAGCAUUUUCAAUCAUUGAAAAUCUUAAAGCUCGUUGUUCAGUUUCCCAAAAUAUGAUCACAACCUUCAAUGGAGUUGAAUUUAACUAUUCAAUGUCUGCAAAUUGCUACCAUGUCUUGGCUCAGGAUUGUAGUCCAGAACUGAAAUUCCUGGUGAUGAUGAAGAGACCUGAAGAGUCUGCUGACCUUAUAGCAAUAAAUGUCAGACUUGCCAGUCAUGAGAUUGACAUGUAUGUUUCCAAUGGACUUAUCCAGUUGAAGAUAAAUGGUGUUCAAGCUCCAAUGGAUGUUCCAUACACGUCUAAUUCUGAUGCAAGCUUGCUGAUCAGCAGUGAAAAGAAAGGCCUGUCAUUAAAAGCCCCCGACUAUGGCAUAGAUAAGCUAUAUUAUGAUGGCCAUAUACUUGAGAUUCACAUUGCUUUCUGGAUGGCUGGAAAAACAUGUGGUAUUUGUGGAAAAUAUGAUGGUGAGAAGGAAAGGGAAUAUCAAAUGCCUAGUGGAUAUUUAGCUAAAGAUGCAGCGAGUUUUGCUCAGUCUUGGAUUGUCUCAGAAGACCCUUGUGCUGGAGCUUGCAAGCUGCAGCGCAAACUUGUGAAAAUUGAGAAGCCUGUUGGAUUUGAAAACAAGGCCUCAAAAUGCUACUCUGUUGAGCCAGUUUUACACUGCACAGAAGGCUGUUUAGCAACCAAAAUUGUUCCUGUGUCUGUUGGUUUCCACUGUGUACCAGCUGACUCGGCUCUCAACGUGGAAGAACAGACUAAGUUAGACCAGAAAUCCGAGGACUUAGUGAGCACAGUUUACGCCCAUACAGCAUGUUCUUGCAAACAGCAGUCCUGCCCAGCAUGACGCUCCCUCACACGGGAUCCAUUUGUCUG